CGUUGCCCCUCACCUCCGUCCCCAGGCUCCAGAAGCGGUCGGAUUUGAUAUCAACUUCCAUACAUCCGACGUCGUCUGUACACAUUUGGGCUCAAAGUGUUUCAAGCAGGUAGGCAAGCUGCUGCAGCUUCCGCACCUCCAUCAACUGACGAGCGCGCAUCGCUAGCCACGCUCGGCGGCAUGCCGGCUGACAUGGAGCAGUGCGCCCUGAUGGCCGAGGAGAGCGCCAUCCAGGAGCGCACGGCGUCCGGCGCCCGCAGAUGGAAGGUGGCGUCCGUCCUCGCGGUACUGGCCCUGCUGGCCUGCGGCAGCAACUUCGCUUACCGAUCGCACGCGCGCUCCGCCGCCGAGGUGACCAACUCCGAACGGCUCGUCGAGCUCACGCGCAGCAUGCAGGACGGCGACGCCGCCGACGAUGCGGCCACCACCACCGCGGCCACCGACGAAGCAUCGGUCGGCGACAGCGCCACCGCCGACGGCACGGCCACCACCACCGCCGCGGCCACCGACGACACUGCAGCAGCAGGCACCUCUGCAGCAGCAGGUACUACUGCAGCAGCAGCAGGUACUACUGCAGCAGCAGCAGACACCACUGCAGCAGCAGGCACCACAGCAGUCGGUGACGACAGCGAGGGCGGAGGCGACGAGGGCGAGGGCGGAGGCGAGCAGGGCGGCGACGCCGCAUGCAUCGAGGCCGGCUACGGCGACUGCGCUCAGAAGGGCUCCAAGUGCUGCAAGGGACUCAAGUGCGAAAAGACAAACGACUACUACUCCAUGUGCACGGCGAAGGGCAAGUGAGUGGGAACCGCAGCUCGCCGUAGACAGUAGUUAGAUCUCGAUUGAUUCGAAGAAGUGAUCGACACUUAGUGUUGUACAGAUGCACCCCCACAAUUUUUUGGAUGGAAGUGGGUGUCAAAGUUCCUGUAACAACGCUAGUGGUUCGAUACGACGAGAAAAACAUCCCAACACCCCACGUCGUGUUUCUGUUCGCACCGUGGCUUCUCAGAGGUCUGGACCGCUUCCCCGAGGCCGGCUCUUCAUCCCGAGCCAGUUGUUCACGGG